CACAACGUGUUGUGUAAGUUACCCUUGCCUUGGAAUAAAAUGUCGAUAGUCCUAUCUGAAGACCGAUGUUGUUUGACUACUGAUUGUCAUAAAGCCGCUCGCUUGCAGUGUCCAACAUGCAUUAAACUUGGGAUUAAUGAUUCCUACUUCUGCUCACAGGAAUGCUUUAAAGGAAACUGGGAGAUACAUAAACAAGUGCAUAAAAAAGCAAGAAAUGAUAAACAAAAUACAGAAUAUAUCCCAUGGCCAGGGUUUCAGUUCACUGGAAAGUUGAGACCUUUUCCCAAGACUCCUAAACGGGAAGUACCGGACCUUAUUCAACGACCAGACUAUGCAGAUCACAAAAAGGGUUGGCCUCUUAGUGAACAAGCUGUAAAAGGGUCCUCUCAUAUUAAAGUCCUAGAUGAUGAUGAAAUAGAAGGAAUGAAAGUUGUCUGUAAGCUUGCUCGUGAAGUUUUGGAUGUUGCCGCAGAUGCAGCAGGCGUUGGGGUUACUACAGACGAAAUUGAUCGACUUGUUCAUGAGGCUUCCAUAGAAAGAGAGUGUUAUCCAUCUCCUCUCAAUUAUUACGGCUUCCCAAAGUCUUGCUGCACUUCUGUGAAUGAAGUGAUUUGUCAUGGAAUACCAGAUGCUCGUCCUCUUGAAGAUGGAGAUCUGCUUAAUGUGGACGUGACAGUCUACCAUAGAGGUUUCCAUGGAGAUCUCAAUGAAACAUUUCUUAUUGGAAAUGUAGAUGAAGAGGGAAGAAGACUUGUUCAAGUUACUCAUGAGUCACUCAUGAAAGCAAUAGAAAUAGUGAAACCAGGAGUUAAGUACAGAGAAAUAGGUAAUGUAAUUCAGAAACAUGUACAAGCACAUGGGUUCUCAGUAGUAAGAAGUUUCUGUGGACAUGGUAUACACAGGUUAUUUCAUACAGCUCCAAGUGUUCCUCAUUAUUCAAAGAACAAAGCAGUAGGCAUAAUGAAAGCUGGACACUGUUUCACAAUAGAACCUAUGAUAUCGGAAGGAACAUGGAGAGAUUUGCUAUGGCCAGAUGACUGGACAGCUGUUACUCAGGAUGGUAAACGUUCUGCCCAGUUUGAGCAGACCUUGUUGGUUACAGACUCUGGUUGUGAAAUCCUGACCCAGCGGAGGGAAAAAGGUGGACAACCACACUUCAUGGAUAAGUGACACAUCUAAAUUUCUAGCUUGUAUGGUCUUUAAAUGCCUUAGAGUUGACUUUUUUCUUCUGUGUGAGUGUGUGUUUAAAUGCCAUUUCUGCUGUAUUUUAGAAUAUACUAAAUAUAAAGGUAGAUCUUGGUUUAUGAA